AUGGAGCAGUGGAAGAAUCGAGUGGCUGUUGUGACGGGCGCGUCGGCAGGAAUCGGAGCCGCAAUCGUCAAGGAUCUGGUCAAGGCUGGAAUGAUCACAGUUGGAUUGGCGAGAAGAGUGGAAAGAAUAGAGGCUCUAAAGACGGAUCUUCCAGCACAUCUUCAGGGAAAUCUCCACGCUAUGAAGUGUGAUGUUUCGAAGGAAGAUGAAGUUGUGAAAGUGUUUGCCUCAAUUGCGUCAAAAUUCGACGGAAUCGAUGUCCUGAUUAACAAUGCUGGGAUUAUUCGCCAAACUGAACUCAUCAAUGCUGAUAAUUCCAUCCCGAUUCGAGAAAUAAUCGACACCAAUGUGAUGGGAUUGGUUUUUUGUACUCGAGAAGCUUUCAAGUCCAUGGAAAAGCACGGAAGAAAUUCUCAUGUUGUGCACAUCAACAGCAUUGCCGGACAUAUGCCCAUUUGCAUGCUUGAACAUCCUUCAAACAAUAUGUAUCCUCCAAGUAAAUAUGCAGUGACUGCGAUAACGGAGAUUCAUCGUCAGGAGUUCAUCAGGAGCAAGCAUCACAUCAAAGUGACUUCAGUGAGUCCUGGACUCGUUCGAACGGAAAUCUUCCUUCCUCAACAGUUGGAAUUUAUUUCUAAAAUGUCUUACCUUGAGCCCGAAGACGUAUCGCAGAGUGUUCUUCACGUUUUGGGAACUCCUCCUCAUGUCCAAAUACACGAAUUGACCAUCAAACCAUUUGGUGAAAUGGUUUAAAAGAUUUGUGACAAAUUUUAAUAAAAAAAAAGCUAAUUAU